AUGAGUGCGUCUUUUUCACAGAUGUUUCCUUCCAAACCCACUUACACAGAAGAACAUAUUCCUUCUUUGCAUGGAAAAGUCUUUCUAGUCACUGGUGGAACUAAUGGAAUCGGCCUUGAGCUCGUCAGCAUACUCUAUUCCAAGGGCGGCACAGUCUAUAUCCCUUGUCGCUCCGCAACCAAGGCAGCAAGGAUAAUAAAAGACAUACAAACUUCCCAUCCAGAAAGCGCUGGUAAUCUCAAGACUCUUCCUCUCGACCUCAAUGAUCUUGUUUCGGUAGCAGCUUGUGCCUCUGCUUUCCUCGCACAAGAAACUCGCCUGGAUGUAUUGUGGAAUAAUGCAGGUAUAAGCUACGCACCCUACGACGAACUUACUGUUCUAUUAUUUAGUGCUUUUUAA